AAAAACUUUAAGGAUCAGUGACCUUUCCAAUAAUACUCGAAAAUCAAUAUCUACAUAUAUAUAAAAUAUGAAGAUAGUAAUAGCGCUGAUAGUAUUCGGUUAUAUAGGUCGGCUAGUUGGUCAAGACGAAAGCGAUCAUGAUGAAGAUGAUUUGGACAAUCCAUAUUAUUUCAAUUUUGGUAGCAAGACGACAAUUUGUCCGCAAAACGCCAGCUGCUUGGAUGGCAAUACUCAUUUCCUCUGCGCCAAGGACCCGAUGAAAGUGUCACCAAAUUGCAAACGCUUUGUGCUCGUACCCAUUACCCGAAAGUCCCGCUCGAAUAUGGUGCAUGUGCACAAUGGAUUACGCAACAAAGUGGCCUACGACAAGAAGCUCGCUAAUAUGAAUCUGGUCUAUUGGAAUAUGCACUUGCAGGACAUGGCUGAGCAGUAUUUGCAUCUGUGCCGGCCGUACCGGGACACCUGCCUGAUUAUCGGCCUUAACGGCUAUCGUGUGGGUCAAAACACGGUGUUUGUGCCCCGCCAGCAUUUCGCGCUGCUCACUGAAUGGGAGGGAAGAACGGUGCGACAAUGGUUUUUGGAGUUGGGCAGAAUCAAAAUCACAUCGCAGGAUUUAGUCACGGAACAGCUUAAAGGCAAAAUGGGUAACUUAACCCAGCUAAUCUGGCCGAGCUUAGAAUUUAUUGGCUGCAGUGCAGCGAUCAUGUUUGAUGGCCUCUUCAUCGUCUGCUAUUAUUAUCCGGCCGUCAACGAAAGCCUCAAAGCACAGUUUACUUAUUUGAAGGCAGACGAGAGCUGCGUCUGUCCCAAAAAUCGAUACACUUGCUCUCUGCUUUUCACCAGCCUCUGCGGUAUUGAUAUUGAGGUGGGUGGCGCCUUGAUAACUGAGUUCAAUCCGUGGAACAUGUUCUUGUUAUUGUUUAUAUUAUUUAUUUUGUAUAAUAUCCGCUUUUCGCGUGUGUAACAAAUUGAAGACCAUUAGCAUAGAAUGGGA